AUGGAGGACUACCGUCGACCCCGAGUGCACAAGGCAUGUGACGCGUGCGGGCGAAGGAAAGUCCGCUGUAAUGGUCAGCAACGAUGCCAGCAAUGCGAGCACUUGGGCCUAGUUUGCACAUACACUGAUAAUCGGCUCGCGCGAUCAAGGAAGCAUUCGCUGCGUCGAGGAGAGAUUAUCUCGAAACAUAAAACGGAGUCGUCGCUAAACCCACUCCUCGCUCCUGCUUUAUCAUCAGCUUCAGCCUCGUACUUUGAAAGCCUGGUCUCGGAAUAUAUGCGUUUCGUAUACCCAUUCAAUCCCAUCAUGACCGCCGACGAGGUGCAUGACGCAAUCAGCAAAAUGGACUCUGACAGAGAGAACGCGGCAUUUGUAUACGCAUUUGCUGCGGCGACUAUUGACCUGACGCAAUCCAAUCGCCCCACGUCCAGCGCCUCGACGCAGGUCACCCAGCUCAUCAACCAAUCCAUCGAAAUCCAGCCGCCAAUGUUUCUUGGGUUUCGGCCGUCCAUUCUGCGCACAAUGACGAACAUCUUCAUCCAGAUGUGCUUCAUGAGCCUCGGUCAGUACGACCUAGGCUUUGUAUAUUUGCGUGAAGCCAUUGCCAUGAUCCACCUGCUGCGGAUUGAGGACAAGACCGUUCUCGGAAGUCUCCAUCCUACCGAACGAGCCCGACGCCAACGUCUCUACUGGUUAUGCUUCAUCCACGAACGAUUCAUUUCGAUCGUUCACUUCUCUCCCGCCACUCUGUCCCCCCACGACUCCUUCCCUGAGGCUGACCCCAACCUACCCCCCGGAAUCUCCCAGGGCUGGACCCAAGUCAUCAAAACCUUCCUUAUCCUCGAGCCAACCUUCAUCAACUUCUGGAUCGGUGAUAGAAGCCAAGUAUCCGCAAAAUGGGUAGAGCAAAAGCACCGCGAGCUGGACGAUGCCCGCUGGGAGCUCGAAGUGUCGAUGUUAUCCGAGACACAGCAAGCCGAUCUCGUCAUCACCAGACAAUGGAUGCGUACUCUUCUCUGGCAGAUGGCCAUGUCCAACUGCCUUUUGUCCUCUCGUCCUCUCUGUCCGUCCCUGUCCCUUGAACUCCCGCUCCGACUUUCCAGCCAGCUAAGACAAUUCCUCACUAAGAUCUCGCAAAAUACGAUCCGCGUGCACGGAUCCUCAAUCCUCACCAAGCUGAUCGAGAUCAUUAAUACCAUCGCGGAUGUAGUUAUUCAUCUUCCGCAGACGUCACUGGAUGUCACGACUAGCCGUAUCGGGGAUAUCGUAUUUAUGAAGGGUGUGGUGUUUUCGUUUCAUAAUUUCCAGCAGGUAUCGAAGGAUAUCCUUAUUGAGAAAUUCGGCUUGAUUAGGGAUCGGUUUCCGGGAAUUGAGGCUGCUUGCGAGUUGACUGCUUAG